AUGGGGAUGGGGAUGGGGAUGGGGAUGGGCGCAGGGGUGGGAGUGGGGAUGAUACCCCAGCAAAUGCAGAUGGUGUCCUCCCUCUCAAACUCGAUCCCAAACCCCACAAACUCGGGAAGCGUGACCCCCGCCCCGCCCUCCGGCCGCGCCAGACACGCCCAGCCUCCAUCCGCUUCCUCGGCACAUGCGUCUCUGCCUGGUCAGACGCCGGCGUUGGCGCCUGCUCCGGCACCGACGAAGGGGGCGAAGAGGAAGGCGAAGGAGGGAGAGGGGGGGCCGGCGAAGAUUGCGAAAAGUACUCAGAGGUCGCCGACUGCUGCUCGGAGGAAAGGGACAAAGUGACGAAGGGAUUUCUUCUGUUCUUCUUCCCACUUCGUCUUCGUCUUACCGGAACGAGUUCCUCUUUGAUAUUCGUUCUUGCUUUGGGAUCAAUUUUGGCUCGGGCGUGCGGGCGUGCGGGCGUGCGGGCUUGCCUUACUUGGUCUUUUUGUGUGUUGGGUCUUGCUUGUUUGGUUUGUUUGGACGUCGACUGCCUCCCUCUCUCCCUCUUUGUGCCUUUGCAUCUGUGCGCUUGUGCCUAUGUCUGUGCAUGUGUAUUAUCUAUGCCUUUUUGUGUAUCUGUAAUGUAGUGUAAUUCGG